AUGCCUCGGGAGGUAAAACGUUACAGCCUGUUGGUGAUGUAAAGGGCCGCGUCUGUGUUAUUCUGUUGGGUAUGUGUGACACAGGGCAAAAAAUUGAAAAGGCAUGUGAACUUCUCCAUGCCCUGGGUGCAACAAAGAUAACUGCAUGCUGUACGCAUGGUAUUUUGACCCCACCAUGUCCACAACGCCUUAAUGACUGUGAUGCUCUUAGUGAAAUUGUCGUUUCCGACUCUAUUCCACAGGAGGAGCACCUCCGCCUCAUUCCCAAGUUGAAGGUCCUUACGAUUGCUCCACUUUUAGCCACUGCCAUUAACAUGCACACACGGGAUGAGUGCAUCAGCGCUCUCUUUGAUACCCCACCCCAUCCCGUGGAAAACCAGCUGCCACCACCACCACCACCACAAGUACUCAGCUCCCAAUCGGUUCAUUGA